CACAGAAGCAGUUGGGAAGUCACCUGCAUUCAUAAACUGUAGCCUACCUGUUUUAAUGUGCCGGCUGAGAUCCGACCUUUUAUUAUUAUCUGACUUCCUUUUAGCCCUUGUCUUUGGCAAGACGAGCCCCUGUAAUGUGGUGAUAUUUUUGAUCUGGUUGUGGCAUGUGAGUGUUGUAACCGUGGGUGACACAAGAGGUGGACGGAGCGGAGCUGGGGGGCGCUCUGUUCUGCUCAGAGCAGGACGCAGGAGACGGUCGCUCUCCAAGGUUCUGCCAGUCGCUCCCUCCUCAGUCUCCUCUUUCUGGCGUUUAAUCCAAACCUCAAUUGCAAAAUCCUCUAAUGACCACCUUCAUUCAGAAGUGCUUUCGUUUUUUAACGUGAUCUUUCCUCUUUGUCAUAGUGGAUUUUUUUUUUGACAAUGCAACCACUGGAUGUACGCUCAUAUACGUGAAACAAGACCGAGAGCCACUGUAUAACCUGCAUUUUUUGGAUACACUGAUUUGACUCUGGAUUCUCCAGGAACGCUAUAACGGAGGAUUUCUAGCAGUCUGUUUUAGCUCCGUGUGCCUGUGCCGCAUGCUGUUGGACGUGAACUGCGAUAUUGUCUCAGAAAGGUGAGUCGGAUGUGGAUAAUGAUGAAACAGACCUACUUUUUUUGUGGAUGUCUCCGUCCUUGCAUUGGAAAGAGCGAGGCAUUGAAGGCUGAUCGCUGAUUGCUUUUAAACACAUAAUCCACGAGGAAGAAGGGGGAUAAUAGUGUUUCGGAAGCCUUGCGAAUCUACUGCGUGGAUAAGAGCGAAGUUUCCAAUAAGCAAGGCGACUAUCAGAGAUCCUCCCCAGCCAUCCGUGCUUUGGAUUUUCCUUGCUUGACACUACGCGGAUAUCAAGCAUUUUUAAAAUCAUUAUUAUUAUUAUUUUAUCACGAACAUCGCUUUCGGAUACAAGAUGACGGCAGUGAUAACGACGAUAGCGAUCAUAAAGACCUGGUCGGACCCGGAGAGAAUACCCGGAGCUUAAAAGAGAUGACAUCCACGCAGUCGUGUUGAAUGUGGAUGUUAACGCCGCGGGGAAGGAUGGGCCCUCUCCUCUCGGCCGCCUCCGUCCUCCUCCUCCUCCUCCCCCUCUUUCUCCUCCUGGCCCUGAGCGCCGCGUCUCCGGCCACGGUGGCCAACCCCGAGGAUUACGCCGCCGACGAGGCGGAGCGGACCGCCGCGGAUAACAUGGUUUUUGACGACUACCGGGGAAAGGGCUGCGUGGACGACAGCGGGUUCGUGUACAAGCUGGGGGAGCGCUUCUAUCCGGGACACUCAAACUGCCCGUGCGUGUGCACGGAGGACGGGCCCGUGUGCGACCAGCCCGAGUGCCCCAAACUGCACCCCAAGUGCACGAAAGUCGAGCACAAUGGAUGCUGCCCCGAGUGCAAGGAGGUUAAAAACUUUUGCGAGUACCGAGGGAAAACGUAUAAAAUACUGGAAGAAUUCAAGGUAAGACGUUUUUUUUUUAGUCAGUCUUUGCUCACAUAAAUGGAUAUGAUAAAAUGUUGCAAUCUUAAUAAUAUAAUGAGUGUAACAUUUUUGAAACACUUUGUUUGGGUAGAUUUGAAUAAAAUUAUGUAAGACACUUAUGUAGGUCGGAUCCAGCAUAACAUUAUGACUUUUAAGGCCUGAACUCGGUGUUGAUCCUCUGUUUGCUGGUAUGACACCACGAUAUUAGCACCAAAUGUUUUAAGUUUUGUAAACUGCCAAAUGCAGCCUCCCUGGAUUGGUUUUGUUUGUCCAGAACAUCCUACAGAUCCUCAAUGGGAUUAAGGUCUUGGCAAUUGGG